CAGAAAACAAUAACGAACAGUGAUCAUUUCAACGUAUUCAAAUCCGCAUCUGUCUUCUCAAUAGUUGUUUGCUGACAUCCCUUCAACAAAUAAUUCCUUUUACAGACACAUACUGAACGGAUUUAGCGACCACGACUCCCACGACUCCCAGCACCUUUUGGUCCGUCAAGGGGCCUCUUAUUCAAUCGUCUAGACCCAGACACGAUGUCAGUGCCCUACGAGGCCCAUAAUUCUCCACCACCGCCGCCCCCGAAGCAUGCCUCAUCUUCGUCUUCCGGCAAAAAGGCAAAGCAAAAACGACCAUCUUCCUCGAAUGGCACUCCCGAUCAAAGCUCGGCAACGGCGGUAAGGGCUUUCUCGGCUUGCCGGAACUGCCGGAACAAGAAGGUGAAAUGCCUUCCUGGACCACCCCUUCCCAGUUCGAGUAUCACUUUGCCAGCAUCUCCGACUUCUCUGGAAAAUCCCGGGGCGAACCUAGGACCUUGUCAACAAUGUCUUCAAUCUGGUGCCGAGUGCAUUUAUCCCCCGACUAGAGAUAGAGCUGCGUACAGCAGACAAUAUGUGGCGAAUUUGGAAACAAGGGUACAAAGUCUUGAGAUGGUGCAGGCGAGAUUGAUGCCUUUACUCGAAACUUUCGAGGCGAGUACGCAUAGCGGAAAGCCGAUGCCUAUGCCGCUUCCUCCGGUACCGGCCAGAAGGACUGAAACACCAGCUCAAGAGAUGAAUGAAGACGUCGAAGAAGGAGAGGAUGAGAUUCCCGAGGAUAGCGCGAUGCAACCUGCUUCAGACAGUGAAGAUGCUGGUCAGAUCACACAAGAUGAUAGGGGAAACUAUCGAUGGAUAGGUUCGUCGAAUACACUUUCUCUUCUUGACUCCUUCUCUGGUCGGCAAUUAGCAAGUGGUCGACCAUUGCCUUCUCGUACGCAAUCAUCUACAACCCAAAUGGAUGCAGCCAUUUCCAGGGAUCGCACACCGUCAAACAUCGCGUCUACUCCUACUCGAGAAUCAAAUCCUUAUUUUGGUCCAGUGGCUGGUUCAGGUGUCGUCAAAGCCUUACCUCCUGUUGAUGAGGUGCAGUAUCCUUCUGCAGAGAAGUCACUGGAAAUGGUCGAUGCUUUCUUUCAAGAGGUGCAUCCUUGCUUACCUGUCCUUUUGGAACACGAAUUUAGAAGAGAUUUCCGGGCGCUGAUGGAGGCAAGGGCCAGAGGUAAUCUCUCGUGGGGCGGUGGAUUUAUUUCAGUCGUGUUUGCCAUAUUUGCCCUGGGUGAAAGAGUAAUUGUCACAUCAAGAGCGUGGAGGAGAGAAAUGGCUAAGGCUGAAGGUGAUGAUGAUGAUCAUGAGACUGUCUUGCCUGGUGAGGCAGAGGCCGGUGUAAUCUGGUAUGAGAGAGCUCAAAUCUUACAUUACACCACUUUAAAAGACGUCAACAUCCACCAGGUCCAAUGCCUUACUCUUCUCGCUGCAUUCCAAGCAAGUGUAAAUGCUAUGCCCAUGUCAUGGCUUCUUGCCGGACAGGCUAUCCGUGUAGCUCAAGACUUGGGUUUACAUCGAUCAACCGCCCGGCUUCCCUUAUCGUUUGCAGAAAAACAGCUGCGUUCACGAUGUUGGUGGGCCAUCUACGGUUUGGAGAGGAUGAUGUCAAUUUCUCUCGGCCGGCCGCUGGGUGUGGAUGAUCUUGAUGUGGAUGUAGCAUACCCGCUGGAGGUUGACGAUGCCGUGCUGGAGAAGAUGGCGAUGGAGAACCUGCAAGCUUUACCGCCUGAAUUCGAGAAAGAGCCCGAGGCUUCGACAAUGAGUGGGUUCAUCGCGCUCACAAAGCUCUGCAAGAUUGCUGGGCGAGUUGUGCAUCUGCUCUAUCGGCCUUCAAAUGGAAGGUCGGUGAGUGAUCCUUCGUGGGCGGUACAGCAGCAGAAUGCGAUCAAUAAAUUAGACAAGUUACUUAGAGAUUGGUUAGCAAACGACGUGCCUUCAAAAUACAAAGAUCCUUCAGAAACGCAUUCGGUAUCCCUUCUUUCCGCCAUUUUAUCCAACUCUUACUUUACUGUUCUCGUCACCCUUCACCGAAACUUCUUGCCCUCAUCACCCGAUUAUCCUCGACCUAAACCUCCUCCCUCUUCUCAGUCGCUCGCUCAUUGCGUCGACGCUGCCAGAUCUGUCAUCCACAUCGCCUCUCAAUCUCGCACCCUCGUACCACCCUCUCAUCAUCUUGCAAUGUAUUGUCAAUACUUGUGGUCGUCAGCAGUCAUCCUGCUGUUAUGUGAGAUCCAAGCGAGAGAUGAAGUGGUCAUCGAAGCGGUCGGUUCGCAGGUGGAGGCUUGUAGGAAGUGCUUACAGGCUUUGGAACCUGUUUGGCCUGGGUCAAAAAAGUUGAAGGAAUUGUUAAACGAUGUGGCCAGUCGUGCGAAAGAAGUGAUGGUUUCAAAGUCAUCAGACAAAAAGCGCAAGUCAUCUGCGCAUAAGGACAAGGACAGAGAGAGGCAGAUGCUACAUCCUUCCCAAAACCAUCAGUCUCGACCGUCAACCGACUCGCCUAUCCCGCAGCACGCUGAGAAUCAGUGGCCGUCUCACUCUGUUUCUCCACCAGAGAAGAGACAACGUGUGUUUGAACUUUCUGACACUCGCACAGCUUCGAAUGAGGAUGAACCGGCUCAAAACCCCCAAGCAUAUUAUUCAGUGUAUCCUAUGACCACGCCGAUAACGUCUCAGGCUUCACUCCAGUUUACUGAGCCAAUGCCUACUUAUGAUAUGGUAUUCGACCUUGGAGGAGUCACCUUUGACGGAUUAGAGUUGUUGCAAGGCUUUAGCGGGGGCGCUUCCAAUUUUUGGAAUAACUUCAACUUUGGCAUGGAUGGAGCUGGCAAUGGUAGCGCUUCUGGAGGCUCUGCGCCAGUGGCAAGAACCGGGCAGCAAUUCCUGCCCUCUGGUCAAUUGACACCCAACUCUAAUGGUGACGGUUCGAGGCCUUCGUCAUCCAGCUGGCAAGGGCAGCUAUCACGGAUGGUCAGCCAGAAUGGGCAGCAGUAUGUGCAAGGACAGGGACAGGAUGGAUAUAACGGCGCAGGGAGUGGAAGCGGUGGCGUUGGGACGCCUAAUGCGCAUCGGGGAGCAACAUUCUGGGAGCAAGUGACUGGGAGUACAUUCGACUGGCAGGCAGACCCAAAUGUGCCUUUCAACAUCUAGCUUCGAAUUCAUUUACUGCAUCCGUAUCUUCAAAUCAUACUUAUUGUAUUUUAGAUUUGUAUAAUUUGUGAUUCUG